AUCGCGUGCACCCGUUUCUACGUCUCUCCUUUGUGCGUAACCCCGCAAGACAAAGUCAUUUUUAACGGAGAAGUGGGGGUAAGCAAAAAAAAAACCGGUGGGCCGGUCUUGUACAUUUGUGCCGUUGUCGCCUCGCUUCAUUUCAAAUUUCGCGAGAUACGACCAAGCAGCUCAUACAUAAUACAGCCAGCGUAUGCAGUCAAUUGACUCGCAAAGAAGUUCUAUAUAUUAACAUCUCUCGAGAUAUACAGCUAUUUAUACGUAUAUCACGCAUACAGAGGCCUUUGUUUUGAUCGCGCGAGCGAAAACAUUCCAAGAAUUAGAAUAAGUGGAAGCUGCCGCAGCGCGCCAGUAUCAUCGCUCUCUCGGGUCGCGUUAUUCGCACACCGCGUGUGUUGUGUACUCUGUGUAUGUACUGCCCCGAGACCUUUGUCGGACACGCACGCGUUUGAAGGGAAAAAAAAGCAAUUCGAUUUAGUAUCGUCGCGAUCGAACGGUCCCUAUAUACGAGACUCGUCGCUGUAAAACAGUAGUGCUGCACUUUUAGAAUUAUAUCGGCUGUGACUCGUUUUUGUGAUAACAAAGGACAUAACAAAGACAAGCAGUGAUUCGUAUCGCGGUGGUGCCUAUCGUCGCUUCGGGCAUCGAUAGAAAAUAAAAAGUACCAAAAUGACCGGUGCGACGAGUUCCGGCAAGGAGGCCAGGCUCAAGGAAGUGAAGUCGAUAAUACGUUCGCUGCUCAUAUCCAAUAUCAAGAUAGACGUGAAGCCGACGUUCCUGGACAGCAUGUACUUCGAUCUCGAGGGCAAAAGGAUACCGUUCCGCGAGUUUGGCUAUCAAAACUUGAUCGAGUUUCUAUCCAAAAUACCGGACACGACGAGGUUCGUGAAGAACAGGGCCGGCGAGAUAUGCGUUAAGCACGUAGACACGGAAAAAUCGGCACACAUCAGUGACCUCGUGUACAAGCAGAAGGCACCUCCGGCCAAAAAAAGAAAAGCCGCCCCAAUUGUUCGCAGACCUUCCUACAAUAAUUUUAGUAGCAAUAAUAAUAAUUACUAUAAAAGUUUGAAGCCGAGCAAUCAAACCAACUACCAUUCGCGUCAGCCCAGCAACCAAAGCAAUACGACGUACAAUACUGGGACCAAUUAUAGGAGGCCCAAUAUGACGAUACCUGCAAAAAUACCAGAGAAUCAUCCGAUAACAUUUUUGUCGGAUGUUUUACGUGAGUUCAGAUAUAACAUGACUAAAAAUGACCAACCAAUGGGUAUCAGAAAGUCUGAAUUGCUGUUCAAAGUCAAUGCGUUGCUUGAUCGAAGCAAUCAUUACACAAUUUUCAGUUUGAACGCACAUUUGAGACAAAUACCCGAUAUUGAAAUUGUCAAUGACUUUGUUUAUUUCAAAGAUCUCAUGAAAAAAAUGACCAAAGCUCCAGUUACUAUUCCAACCCCAGCGAACAUCAUUACUCCAGCACCAGCGAAUAUCGUUACUUCAACACCAGCAAAUAUCAUUACUCCAACACCAUUACCAAAGCCUAUAUGUGUGAUGAAAUCAUCAAAUUCUCUCAAUCAUGAUUCAGCCCAUAAAAGUAUAGAUGUACUUAAUGACAAUCAUUAUCGCAAAGACAUUUCAGAAUCAUAUCAAAAUAGUAAAACGAAUUCAAAUGUAAAAAAUGAAACAAAUACAGCUCACUGCAGUACAACCAAGGAAUUCGAUAAUUUAUCAAUUGAUAAAAAAUUGAAUGGUUAUCCUGAAGUUCCAAAAGAGUUUGCUGUCAAUGAUAAAUUAAAACUGCGUCUAGAGAAAUUAUUGCAAAAUAAUCCAGAAGGAAUAUGGUGUUCUGAUUUACCAAAAAUUUAUGAAAACGAGUAUGGUAUAGAAUUUGAAUUUCAAGAAUAUGGUUUUCAGAACAUACUGGCUUUUUUAACAUCGUUGGAUGAUAUUUGUCGAAUUGUUACACCUCCUGAUGCAAAUAAUCGAUCAAUGGUUGUAAGCAAAAUAAGCAAUGACCAAUUAAAUGGGAAAAAACCAUUAGCUUCAUUGUAUAACUUCAAAGAUUAUGUGAAAGAUUCACAAGAUCCAGUUCCUAUAAAAUUGUCAGCAGAUGUAUCAAAAUCAUUGAUUCCUGAAAAUGUUUUGACCAAAAAAGACUCUUUAGAUGUUGUACAUGUUACAUCAAUAGAUAAAAAUUAUGAAGAAUAUGUAGAAGUUGUAGUAUCUGAAGUUUUCACACCAUCAUUCUUCUGGGUACAUCUUAGAAAAAAUAUAAAAAAACUAAAAGCUAUGAUGGAACUUUUAGAUUUGGAAUAUAGUUCUGACAAUGAUGUACAAUAUUUGAAAGUACCUCAAGUCCUUAUUGAGCCUGGAUUGAAUAUUGCUUGCAGAUUUGAUCAUAAAUGGCACAGAGGAAUGGUAAAGAAAACUAAACCUGAUGGAUAUGUGACUAUUUUCUUCUAUGAUUAUGGGACCGUUAAAACAUACAAUCCAAAUGACAUCUACUUUCUGAAAAAAAAAUUUGCUACUCUGCCUAUUCAAGCAAUACCUUGUGCUUUGUAUAAUGUUGUACCUUUAGAUUCUACAGAUUGGCCAACUGUAUCGACUAAAAGAUUCACAUCUAAGGUCUGGGGUAUACCUUUGGUAGCUUCAAUUUCCGAUAUAGAUGAAGAACAAAACUCAUUGACUGUAGCAUUGACUGACACCAGUGAUGAUUUCAACGAUCUUCACAUUAAUGAUUGGAUGGUAGAAAAUGGUUUGGCUGACUGGGGUAAAAUGAUCACGGGACCACCUAUCGAAAGACUAUUGUCGUAUGAAAUAGGCAUAAGUGCAAAAGAGCGUAAAUCCAAAACUAAGAGGAGACCAAGUGACAGGAAAAAGUCAUCAGAAUCUCAGCCUGCUAUUGAUCUCAUUGAUUUCUCUGAUUCUGCAGAUGGAAUUGUCCCAAGAUCCGAGCCACCCGUCAUCAAAUCAUUAGUGAAAAAUAAUUUAUCAUUAGCUGAUUUAACAAAUGAUGUGGCAAAACAAAUCUUAGUAACGGGCUCUGAUACAAAAAGCAAUUCAUCACGUUCAAGCAGAGGAAGUGUUCAUGAAAAAUCACAAUCAUGCAACCGUGAUGAUGCAAUUUCAAAUCUUAGCAGCAACCUAAGUUCUCUUAAAGUCUACGAUUCAAACGAGAAUAAAUUCUCUGAACCAUUGUCAAAUCAUGUAUCUGACAACGUAGAACCAGAAAAGAUGACAAAUUACCUUCAAUCGCUAACAUCAUUGAUAAAGAGUUCUCCUGUUGUUUUACGUGCUAAAGAUAGCGUCAGGCCGGAAGACCUAUGUUUGCCGAUUAAAGGUGGGUCCGAUUUUUCUGAAGAUCCAAGUGUUUAUUCGGACGAUGAGAUGACGGAAGAUCGACGUUUUACAUUUAAAAAUGGAACACCUUGUAUAGAGAUAAAAAUUAGUAAUGGAGAUUCGAAGGAAAACUUAAAACACGAAGUUGCUAAAAAAAGCUGUGAAAAAAGUUCUGAUGAAUCUGUUUUCGAGCAACAGGGAGAUGUGCAUGAUACUCGAGAUAAUGUCAGUACAUAUUCAAGUGUACAAUCUUCCAAGAGAACCAUAAAAAUCCUGUACCCUUCUCAGUUUGCUGCUAAAUUUUGUAAACGUCGUCUCAGCAGCUCUUCGACUGAAAAAAGCAGCGUAAAACAUUUGAAUAAAAAAACUUAUCUUACUCAAUUUACUAAAGACUAUUCUUCAGAAAUUGAUUCUGCAUUGGAUAGUAAUACAACACCUGAACAUCAAACUGCCAAUGAGCAUUCUUCUGAAAAUGAUUCUGCAUCGGAUAAUAAUACAGCACCUGAAAUUCAAGACAGUAAAGACUCUUCUCCCGAAAUAAAUCGUACUACAGAUGAUAAUAUAGGAACUAAAACUGCACCUUCAUUCAAAAAAAUUUGUUUGACCGAAAGAUGCGGUAGAAAACUCAUCCACAUUUUCUAUUUGGAAAAUGAUGGUUGGAUUACUGCUGGAGAGAUGACUAAGGCUUUUACCAACUUGGUUGAUCAAAGAGUUUUGUUUAAACUCUUGGAGGUAUGCGAAGUACACGUGGAUUUUAAAUAUGUGGAUAAAGAUUCGUAUCCCGAAUUAUUCGAUCAAUUGAACAAAAGUGAAAUUCUUGCCGAUCGUGACGAAAAUAAUAACAUUUUUCCUACCUAUCAAUUUACACUUGUAUCUUUGAUAGAUAUGUUAGAAAUAUUAGAGAAACUCAUGUUUUUGGAUGCUAGUCAUGUUCGUGAUGCAGUUCCAAUUAUGAAACAACAUAAAGAUAAUUUAGAUUUAGAAAAAAUUAUAUACGAAAAGUUUCGUAGUGAAAUAUUGUUUGACGUACUGAAUUCAGUGGUGAAAUUCCGAGAAUUUAGGGACUCCUUGAAAUCAACGACCUCAUAAAGUGUUGAUUUAUGCCUUUAAAUUACGUCAGCAAUAGUGUAUAUCAUUUAGAAUAAUAGUGACUUAUUUCAAAAUUCUUAGAAUAAUUUAUUAUAGCUUAUUAUUUUACAUUUAACCAUGAAAGCUGCACAUGAGAUGUGCAAGUUCAAUUCUUCAAGCAUUGUGACUUUAGCUUUCGUGCAUGUAAAUAGUGAUUAUAGUUAUAAUUUGUUAAAGUGUUUAAGAAAGUGAAAAAUGUGCGAAUCGACAAUUGUAAUCUACAAUAUUAAUAAACAUUGAUUGCCGAAAGCAUAAAAUCAAUAUUGAUUUUUAAUAAAAUGAGACUGAAACAUUUA